AUGUCUGAACCAAACAAAAUAACCAAUAUAGUUUCCAAUAAGUUGAAAUCAUUAGAUAUUUCAAAUACUCAUGUCGAUUGGCAUAAAUUAAAAAGAGCACCUCAAAUAUUAAAACAAAAGAUUAAAUCAAAAGAAGGUUCAUUAACUGUAGAUGAAGAAUUUGAUGAAUUGGAAAAUAAAUUCGUAGGAUAUAACAGAAAUACAAAGAAUUUAAUUCAACAUUUCCAAACAAUGAAUGAGUCAAUUGAUCAAUUAAUUGUGGUUUCAAUUUCCAUAUCUGAAUGUUUUCAAAAUGCAAUUGAUCCAUAUAGUCACAUGAAUGAAAAUAAUACAAUUAAGAAUGAAAAAGAAGAAGAAGAAGCAUUUGAAUUAUGGUCCAAAGUUACAAGAUAUAAAAAUAUUAUGAAAUCAAUAAUUGAUAAAAUUGAAAGAGUUAAAUUAACUCAAUUGAAAAGUAUUGAAAAAUUAGGUGAAAUUAUCAAAAUUAACAAAUUGGUUUAUAAGACAUUAGAUAUUAGACAUGGAUAUUUAUUAGAAUAUGAUUCAAUCUAUAAUGAAUAUAAUAAUUUAUUAAUGAAGAAAGAACAAGGUGAAAAUUUAACAAUCAAACAAAGUAAUCAAUUUUAUAACCUUCAAAGAAAAUUAGAAGAUUAUAGAGACAGAUACAAGAGUAUAAAUUUUAAAAUUAAAUCAAUGUUACCUUUGUAUAUGACCCUCAUCCAAGAUAUCAUUACUAUAAUUGUGAUUAAAUUAUUCUUUGCAAAUUUGCAGUACUUCCAAUGUGUUGUUGAACUUUUAGAAAAUGUAAAUACAAUAGAUGGGUAUGAUUUCACUUUUGAAUUAGAAGGUAUAUUUACUAAAGCUGAAAAUUUAACUAUUAUUUCUCAAUACAAUCAUGGGCUUUUUCCAUUACCAAAAGCUGCAAUUUAUGCCACCGCAAAUUUUGAUUUUAUUGGUUCAAACCUUGAUGAAUUGAGUUUUAAGAAAGGUGA